AUGCAGCUGGGCCUCAAGACCCUCGCCUGGAUCCAGGACCAGGCAUCACAGGUGUCGAUGAAAGAGCUGAACGAUGGCGGCUACUUCGGCUCGACGAACACCACUGCCGUCGUCACGCACGCCGGGAAGGACUACCUUGACUACAUCGACGGUGCGACGAUGCUCGGCCUCACCCUGCAGAAGCAGCUGCCGGAGGUCCCCCGCUUCGCGAUGGUUAUCAAGGAGAUGAGCCAGGGGUUCAAGGACCAGCUGAGGAACGUGGGCUGGUUCAUCAUCGAGGUGGAGGACUGGGGCAAGGACCACUGCGGCGAGGACUGCGGCGGGGGCUUCCUCGGCCGCUGGGGCGACAGCUUCGAGAAGCUGAACGUGUGGCGCUUCCCCUUUGAGCGGGUGCUCUUCCUGGACGCGGACAUGUACAUCCUCAGGGAGGGGAUCCAGGACAUCCUGGACGUGCAGCUGGAGCCGCAUCAGAUCGCCAUGAGCCCCGACGGCUGCAAGCCGGAGCACAACAGCGGCAUGCUGCUGUUCCGCCCCGACGUCAAGGUCUUCUCCCGCCUGCUGGAGAACAUCGCCGUGCACAGCGGCGGUCGCGAGGUCCUGGACCAGACCGUCAUCAACAUGGAGUACAAGGGCAACAUCGUGUCCUUGAGCAAGAAGUACAACUGCCCGUCCAAGGCGCGUGCUCCCUGUGAGGGCCGCCGGCGCACGCGCGUUCUCGCGCCGAUAAGCGAGGUGUCGGCGUCGACCUCACGGGACAUCGACCGCAGGGAGUGA